AUGGUUACUUGGGUAACAGUGUCCAAAGAUGGAGAUAUAAGAAAGGUACAAAAGGAUAUUAUAGAGCGUCUGUCUUUGAAAUUUGAUGAUACUGAGUCUGUUGAAAGAACAUCCAUGAAAAUUUUUCUAAGACUGAGUAAUAUGAAGAACUAUUUGCUGCUUCUAGAUGACUUAUGGCAAAGAAUGGACUUGGGAGAUACAGGAAUUCCCAACCCAAGCAGAGAAAAUGGCUGCAAAAUGAUAAUAACAACUCGGUCCAUGGUUGUCUGUAACCAAAUGGAGAUUCACGAAGCAAUUAAAGUAGAAGUCUUAUCGAAAGGAGAAGCAUGGAAUUUGUUUUGUGAAAAGGUUGGAAAUGAUGUGGAUUCACAAGAUAUAAGAGAAAUAGCUGCACAGGUCAUUGUCUGCUACGAUGGUGCCAGAGGAUGUUAA